CGAUCGGUUUGUCUGUCACUCGCCGAUCUCAAGCCUUCUGUAAAUUCUGCUGAAAUUAUUCAAGUCUACAAAACAUCCAAGAAUGGCAGAGAUCAAGAAUAAAGUGUGCUUAAUUGUGAUCGAUGGAUGGGGUAUAGUUGACAAAACUGAAGGCAAUGCAAUAUAUCAUGCCGAGACCCCUGUUAUGGAUGCAUUUGCUGCUGGUAAAGGCUGUGCAUACACUACGUUAGAUGCAUCAGGUUUAUCUGUUGGUUUACCUGCUGGGCUGAUGGGAAACAGUGAAGUUGGUCAUCUUAACAUUGGGGCUGGUCGAGUUGUUUAUCAGGAUAUUGUAAGAAUUAACAUGGCAGUUGAGCAGCGCACACUGGUCAAAAACCAAACCCUUAUAGAAGCAGCAGAGAGAGCCAAGAAGUCAAAUGGACGAUUCCACUUUUUGGGACUGGUUAGUGAUGGAGGUGUUCAUUCCCACAUUGAUCAGCUGUUUGGGUUGAUAGAAGCAGUCAAAGAACUUGGUGUUCCCAAGACAUUUGUGCAGUUCUUCUCAGAUGGUAGAGACACUAGACCCACUAGUGGAGUUCAAUAUGUGCAACAAGUACUAGACAAGCUGAAGGAACUUAACUAUGGCUCUCUUGCUACAAUCAUGGGACGCUAUUAUGCUAUGGACAGAGACAAGAGAUGGGAACGAAUUAAGAUAGCAUAUGAGGGACUUGUGCAAGGGAUAGGAGAGAAAGCAACUGUUGACAAUGUUAUUGAUGUUAUUAAAGGCCGUUAUGAAGCUCAAGGGGAUGACCAUCAAACUGAUGAAUUCUUAAAACCAAUCAUCAUUGAUCCAGAAGGGUUGAUUAAAGAUGGAGAUACAAUAUGUUUUAUUGAUUUCCGUUCGGAUCGUAUGAGGCAAAUAAACGAAGCACUUGGAAUUAAACCACCUUUUGAGACAAGUGUCAUCCCUAAAAAUCUGCAUCACAUUACAAUGACACAAUACAAACAGGAGUUUCCUUUCCCUGCAAUGUUUCCCCCUGAAGUUCCUAAGAACGUCCUCGCUGAGUGGCUGGGCACAAAGAAAGUACCGCAGUAUCAUUGCGCAGAAACUGAGAAGUACGCCCACGUAACGUUUUUCUUCAACGGUGGGGUCGAAGCCCAGUUUGAACUAGAGGACCGUAUGCUUGUUCCAUCGCCUAAAGUAGCUACUUAUGACCUCCAACCACCAAUGAGCGCAGCUGGUGUUGCCGAUGAGGUCAUAAAAGCAGUAGAAGCUGGAAAACACCCUUUUGUGAUGUGUAACUUUGCACCACCUGACAUGGUUGGUCACACCGGCAAGUACGACGCUGCUGUAAUCGCUUGCGCUGCUACGGACACUGCUAUUGGUAGAAUCCACAAGGCUUGUGAAGAACACAAAUACACGUUGAUGGUAACCUCAGACCAUGGAAAUGCUGAACAAAUGAUUAGUGAGAAAGGAGGUCCACAUACAGCACAUACUACAAACAGAGUGCCGUUUGUCAUGACUGGGGGUCACAAGUAUCGUAAUUUUACCCAUAAUGCCGCUUUGUGUGACGUAGCAACGACCGUUCUUGACGUCAUGGGUCUGGACAUUCCUCCUGAAAUGACUGGCCAGUCGCUGCUGCAGAAAUGAUAACCUGGGCGUCAAACGUUCUGGAAGUGCCGAUAUAGCAGUGAAAUCUUGACAUUAAAUGUAUAUUGUGGUGCUUUCGUAAUAUUUUAUGGGAAACAGCCGUCGUAUGAAAUGCGUUUUAACGGAAAUUGUAUAUGAUUUUUGACUUCAUGAAAAUUUGGAGCAAUACAAACAGAUGAGUUAUGAAGGCGCAUUUUACUUUACAAGAGCGAGAAUCAAUAGCCGACUUGCGAAUUACGCAUCAAUAGUCACAUACAAAGGAAUCAAGACGAGGCGCCGUGCUUUUUUGUGA